CUCGCCUCGCUCGAUACGUGUCAGUGGUUAGUGGCUGAAUGUGUUUGCAUUUCGUUGUUAUUAUAUUACGUACUUCUAACUAUUGUUUUAUAUUCGUCAUGUUACAGCAAGCACCCUACGCCACGGCCGCCGCCGUGACAGCGGGCGUUCUCGGUAGCGCCUACUACGCCUACCACAUCUACCAGAACCGAAAGAGGUUACCAACUGAAUGGACGCAAGUCGGUACCCUGGAGCAUAUCUACGCGUACCCGAUCAAGUCGUGUGGGGGUAUUGCCAUGGAGACAGCUAUGUGCACGACAUUAGGGCUGAGAGAUGGCUGGUUAAGAGACAGAGUGUUGAUGGUUGUAGACCAGAAAGGCAACUUUGUGACGGCCAGAAACUACCCGGAGCUACUGCUGGUCCAACCCAGCGUGCGGAACUCCAUCCUCACGCUGAAGCACCGCGACAUGGAGCCCGUCUAUGUCAACAUGGCUGAGGUGGUUGCGUUGCAGAGCCCCAAGACAGCUGUGGUGUGGGGAGUGACGGUGCCUGUGCUCGACUGUGGGUGGGAGGUCUCAGAAUGGUUUUCUAGACUAUUGGACAUGUCUGCGAUCAAUUUCCGCUUAGUGUACUACGCGACGCAAAAGCCGAGAAAGUUGAACCUGAUGGGAAACACUUUUUACAAAUUCACCAAGAAUGACACGGGAGCGCUCCCAGAUGAGACCUCCUACCACAUAAUCAACGCGUCAUCCGUCACCGACCUCAACGCGCGACUGCGGUCGUGUCAGGUCACUCACCACACAUUCCGGCCAAACUUCGUGGUACAAGGCUCGCAGCCUUAUGACGAGGAUCGUUGGCAGUUCCUAAAGAUUGGAGACAAUGUGUUUGAAGUCAUCAAGCCGUGCUUGAGAUGUGUACUCACAACGAUCGACCCGGAAACAGGCGUGCGCAGAGAGGAGCGGGAGCCACUAGAGACUUUGAAAACUUACCGCCAGACCCCUGACCCCGAGGAGCGCCGCGCGUCCGGCCCCUCUCCCCGCAUGGGGCUGCAGCUGGCGCUUCGCUCCGGGCACGGACUCGUGUCCCUCCGCGACCCCGUGUUCGCCGCGUGACGUUCGUCUCAAACAGUCUAGCAAACAAUGCAGCUGAUGUAGACGGUGCUCUGCUCCGUCCACGGACUGGUACCCUUCACGACCCCAUGUUCGCCGCGUGACCUUCGUCUCAAACAAGACUAUUGCCUUAUGAAGAUGCUCUGAUGUAGACAGUGCUCUGGUAUCCCUUCACAACCUCGUGUUUGCCGCGUGGCCUUCGUUCAUAGUGUCUUCGUCUCAAGUAGCCUGACAUUGCAAUGUCAUCUGUCAACGGACACGAACUUAUGUCACUCCAGGACUCCGUGUUCGCGUGAACUAUCGCUAGCAAUCUGGCAC